AUGCAUGUCACAACAACCAGCCCGGUCCAAGUCGAUCGAAAGCCGCGCGGGGGCGAUUGUGUACAGGAAAUCCGACUUUUCUUGAGAAGCAAGAUGAUAACCACAUCUGACGAGCUACACUUCGAGUGUAUGCGCAAAGCGAUAGCACUAGCUCGUCUCUCCAAACCGAUCCCGACGGCGUUCUGUGUAGGAUGCUUAAUGACCAAAACGGGCACCUUGGAAGUGGUCUCUACGGGGUACUCGAGGGAACUAGAGGGGAACACCCAUGCCGAACAAUGUGCGAUAAUGAAGCUAUUGGAUGGACGCUCGGCGAGUAUGCCAACUGGGGACUUGGACCUGUACACGACGAUGGAGCCAUGCUCUGUUCGACUCUCCGGAAAUAAGCCUUGCGCGGAUCUGAUCCUCGAGUUCAAUCGAUCCCAUCAUCCUCAUCUUAGGAUCAAGAACAUCUAUUUGGGUGUCGUCGAACCAGAUGACUUCGUGAACUGCGACGGCGUCAAAAAACUGCAGGACAGCGGUCUCACGAUCUUUCAAGUCAUUGGGUUCAAGGAGGAGUGUCUGAAGAUUGCGCGAGGUGAAGAUACGAAUAGUUCAUGA